AUGCACUUACAUAUAGUGGGCAAUGUCAAGGCCACCGGUUUUCCACACUUCUUUACACUCCACGUAGUUGCCCACGCGUUACUUAUCACGUUAAGUCCACAACUGUUUUAUCGCCGGCGAGAGUUUCCAGCGUUGUCGGUCGUGAAAAAACAAAGAGAAAGUAUGACCGCCACGAUAGGAGACGUGCAAACUCUGCAAACCCUAACGUCACACACCAGUGACGUAACGACUAUUGAUUUUGCGGGCGAUUGCGUACUAGUGACUGGAUCCGGAGACAAACGUGUCAGAGUUUGGCAAUGGCGUUCAGGAGAAGGAUACGUAGAAGCACAUUUCUCCCCGUUACAAGGACACAAAUACGGAGUCACGUCUGUCAAAGUAAGCCCUCAGUCGACAAUGUUGGCUUCGGCUAGUAUAGACGGCACAACGUUACUUUGGAAUUUGCGAACGGGAUCGAAAAUUCAUACAAUGGUUCAAGUAGGCGGAGAAGCGGUGAGAGUUUGCAGAUUUUCGCCAGAUUCAACGUUACUCGCAACCGCCGGCGAUAACGGACAAGUUUGCCUUUGGGAUUUAAUCCGACGCAGUUUAGUUAGAUAUUUUCAAAAACAUGACGGUGCCGUGCAGAGUGUGUGCUUCUCACCGGAUUCUAGUUGGUUGAUAACUACUUGUACAUUCGGCGUCAUGAAAUUAUUCGCCACCAGCGACAUCAUCGACUCGUGCUUCACCGAUAAUCAAGCGAUUACUGCAUUCGCCUCGAUAGACGACGCUCACGAUUUGGGUGUCGUAUCUUGCGACUUUUCCACCUGCCAGAAGAUUACAAGCAACGAACCUUUCACGAAACUGUAUCAGCUGGUUACCUGCGGCAACGACCAUUACGUAAAGCUGUGGGAAGUAACUGUAGUACAAACGAAAUGCGAGACAUCCACCGUGAAGAUAAACCUGUGCAGAACUAUGGAGAAGCACAGCAGUGCCUUAACUUGCGUUUGUUUCAACGCGAACGGAUUGUUCAUCGCUAGCAGCGGCCUCGAUAAAACAACAAUUAUCUGGGAAACGGAUCCAACGAUAAAUCCGUAAUUAUUUGGGAUCUUAAAGGAAACUUGUGUCUCGACUCGGAGCUCACACGAAGAUUCACACCUGCCUUAUUUUUAGACAAUCCGGAAGAGUGCGCCGAAUAUGAAGAAAGUGUAAUGAAAAACGCAGAAACGUCUGUCAAUGACGUUCAAUUGGUUCAAAGGUUAGAAGAGCACGGUGGAGUAGUGAAUAGCGUAGCUUUCUACGGGAAUCAUCUAAUCGCUUCUGGAUCUGGGGACAAGCUAAUACGAGUUUGGAGCACUGAGAUCGAAGAGGAAGCGAAUGCUGAAACUAGCAUGAAGUUUCAAGAGAAACCUUACAGCCCGUUGGAUGGUCAUAAAUAUAGCAUAAAUCACGUGGAAUUUAGUCCCUGUGGUCGUAUGCUUGCCUCUUGCUCCUUAGACGGAAGUGUUAUCAUUUGGGAUGUCGAGAACGGUUCUCAAGCGAAAUCUUCUUUCGUGAAUUCGGGAUCCGGUAUCCGCGUUUGUCGAUGGUCACCGGAUGGUACUAAAAUUGCAACAGCUGGAGAUGAUGAAAGGACGACAUUCGUUUUCAGGGGUCAUUCCGAUGCGGUGAACGCGAUCGCCUUCACGCAUGACUCCUGUUACUUGAUUACGGCAUGUAACGAAGGCGCUUGGAGACUUUUCGACGUCAGUGAUAACGAAAAUUGCGGGUCGUUGAUUGUUUGCGGCGAAGCUCACGACUUAGGCGUUCAAGGAUGCGAUUUUUGCCCGACGUCUAACUUCAUAGCUAAUGGCACAAACGAGAACAUAAUUAGCGAUAAACACUCUUAUCUGUUAGCAACCGGUGGCAAUGACUCUUUGGUUAAGUUGUGGAAAAUAACAAUUGGCAAAGUAAUCACGCCGAGUGGCAUCGGAGGCAGUAGUGGCGAUGUGCGAUACGAGGAAAAGAAAUGUUUCGCCGGGCAUGGUGGAAAUGUGACCUGCGUCCGAUUUUCACCGAUUCAAAGCGAAAUCUUGGGCAGCGUGGCUACUGAUAGAACGGCGCAAAAUGUGCUUUCACAGUACACUGGGGUAUGUUUGUACGUGUUAGAGGAGCACGAAAGUCUUGUAACUGCCUGCGCUUUUUCACAAGACACUUCAUUCUUUAUUACAGGUUUCGGACUGGAAGAUCGAUGAUACGUUGAAAUGGUUGGACGAAAUUGGCUUGUCGCUGUUAAUUAAGAAAGCUAACGCGAUUUCUUUAACUGGACGACACUUACUUUCUCUGUCGGAGGACGAAUUAGCUAAUAGAUUGGAUAUAGAACAGGAUGAGGAGACAGCGGAAGCGUUUAAAACACAGCUGUACUGGUUAAAACGUGAGGACAGUAACUCUACAGAGAUCUCUAUAGACGAUACUGAAAUACCUCACGAAUAUUUAUGCCCUAUCACGCAUGAAAUAAUGAAAGAACCCGUCCAAUGUACUGAUGGAUUUACAUACGAGAAAGCUGCUAUAAACGAAUGGUUCUUAUGUGGAAAAUAUACAAGUCCAAUGACGAAUAAACCACUUCAGAAUACUUCGUUCACUCCGAACGUUACACUCAGGAACACGAUAUACACUUUCCUUCAUGGAAACCGACCACAGGCUUAAUCCUUUAUAGGACAGUAUAGUGAAUGAAGCAAUCGAAAGAAAAUCGAAAUAUCUUCAAAUUCCUUCGAUUUCUGAUGCAAUGAUUUUUCAAAAAUUUUUUUCACACUUUCUUGAUUGCCUAACGUGUUGAGCAUGGUAAGUACACUUAUCAGAAAUCGUUUAUUGAAUUUCAAUGGUCUCUGGUAAGAACAUAGGUAAAAUUAAUGAAAAUCAUUACGAAGUUUCUAUCUUUAUUGUUGUCGAAAAAAGUCAAUCUGAACAAAAUUACAAAUAUGAGAGGUUUCGUACUACUUUACGAACAAUAAUAAGAAUAUUGGUAACUAAAUUAAGCAUUAAAUUUUUAGACUAGAGGAUAUUAAGCUGUAUGUAUGUUUUUAUAUGUAACAUGGACCAAUGCAAUGGUUAAAUAUGAUUUUUUUAAUUUAACUCUAUCUAUAGUUAGAAAAUACCCUUUUCUAAUAUUUCCUGAUGCAUAGUGGGAUAUUUUUUGAAAAAUUAAAAUUACUAUGUUAUGAUGCACUCAGUUUGUAUAGUUAGAAACUCUCUCAACAGAUGUUAUCGAUCUAUUUUUUUUAGUUUUAAUCAUCUUGUAUUAUUUCACAUGUUUAACCUGUUAGCCAAGAACGACGAAUUAACUCGUCACUGGGAUUUCAAUUUUUCGAAUAUAAUAAUUUAUUUAUUAACCUAUGAUUUUUGAAGAUGUUUGUAUAAUUUCCAUUAAAAACAAAUUAUAUUCUAAUUUACAAAAAAUUAAGAUUUAUCAGAUUAGAAUCAAUUUCUCUUUAUGAAUUAUUAAUUCUACAAUUAUAAAAAUCUUUAAAUGUUUCUAAAUAACCGAGACAAUUCUAUUUUUAUAUAUAAUUUAUCAAGAUAGAAUUUCUGUGCGGCUCAAGACACAUUUAUAAUUUAUACCAUAAAGAGUUAAGUUACGAUAUAAAAUAUAAUAACGAUACUUCAAAGAAAUUUUUUCUUCUUUUUCCUUUUACCUACGUAAUUUUGUAAUACCUGACACUUGACUUUUUCUUGCACUUGAGUUUAAGAAAGAGAAUUCUAUGCACUUCGUUGAACAUGUAAGUACGUGAAACAAUAAUAUAAAAGGAACAAAUUAUAAAUACGCACAAAGUGAAGUUGUUACUAUCAAUCUUAAUCAACAAAAUCAAUUACAUUUGUGAGAAUUUUG